AUGUUGAAGACCAAGAACCUCCCUCCUGUGGUGUCCAGUAAGAUCACUGGCUACUGGCUAGUGGCUACAUCUGGGUUAAUUUUUGGUAUUGUCGUGAUUGGAGGUUUGACCAGAUUGACAGAGUCGGGCUUGUCUAUUACGGAGUGGAAGCCUGUUACUGGAACCAUUCCUCCUUUGAACGAAAUGGAAUGGCAGGAAGAGUUCGAUAAAUAUAAGGAAUCGCCCGAGUUCAAGCAGUUGAACUCGCACAUCACCUUGGAAGAGUUCAAGUUCAUUUUCUCCAUGGAAUGGGGCCACAGACUCCUUGGCCGUGCCAUUGGAAUGUUUUUCAUUUUGCCUGCCAUUUACUUUUGGAAAACUAAAAAGUUCAGUCCCCAUGUUACCAGAAGAGUGGUUGGACUCACUGGUUUGCUUGGAUUGCAAGGUGCCAUCGGUUGGUGGAUGGUCAAGUCAGGUUUGGACGAGGACCAGCUUGCAGAGAGAAACUCCAAGCCUACCGUUUCUCAGUACAGAUUGACCACGCAUUUGGGUGCUGCUUUCUUGAUGUACUUGGGAGUGUUGUGGACUGCGUUUGAGAUUUUCAAUGAGAACAAAUGGAUCAAGACCUUGAAGACAAACCCUGACAAAGUCACUGAGUUACUUGCAAAGUUAAAUAGUCCUGCUUUGAACAAGACUAGAACCAUCGCUCGCAGUCUCUUGGUUCUCACCUUCUUCACUGCAAUGACUGGAGGUAUGGUGGCAGGCUUGGAUGCUGGCUUGAUCUACAACACAUUUCCUCACAUGGGAGACGACUACUUGCCUUCUCGCAACGAGCUUAUGUCUCCUGUUUUUGCCAGAAAAGAAGACCUUUCUGAUUUGUGGUGGAGAAACCUCUUAGAGAACCCAACUACUGUUCAGCUCAUUCACAGAAUCUUUGCAAUCACCACUUUCUUUUCUGUUGUCGCUGCUCAGUCGUUUGUCAAGCGGAACAAGAGCAUUAUUCCCACUCUGGCACAGAAGAGGUUCCACGGUAUUAUGGGCUUGGUGACUCUUCAGGUUGCGUUGGGUAUUUCUACUUUGAUCUACUUGGUGCCUAUUCCUUUGGCUGCUGCUCAUCAGGCUGGAGCUUUGGCCUUGCUCACCAGCUCUUUGGCCUUUACUGCUGCUGUCAAGAGACCUAGACCCCAGACUGUCAACUAUAUCAGCAAAUUGUUGAAGGAGCAAUUGUUGAAGACAAGUAAAUAG